ACGUCUCAGCAUACUGAUAUUACUAGGACCUGAUAUAACCACCUAGCACCCCCUCAACUUGGAUCGCAUACUGCAUUCUUCGGGAUUACGCAUACGACAGGGUCUACAACAUCUUAUUCCCCCUCUCAAGAGAGUAUACGCUUCUUUGACGGAAGGCGACCGAAUGGCCAAAACAUCGAAGAACACAAUGGCUCGCCUUGGGAACGACAACAAGGUAACAAUGAGUAGUGGGCGGGCAGUUGCAGCGGCGUUGGUUGACUGGGUAAGUGAAUCCCCCCAUCGCAUUUAUUUAAACGCGUACUAUGGGAGAUAAGGGGAAUCGCAAAACGACAAAAAAAAACUAACUUAUCACAUAACCAUACGACUAGAUCAACGCGUGCCCUAUCGAGCCGAAAAUCUCAAACUUAGGAGAGCUUAGUGACGGAUCCGUCAUAACGAAAGUUCUAUGUAUGUUUCCGGAAGCUCACCAUACCACCAAGAGUUCGGGAACUAGAGCUUGAGAGACUAAUUACAGAUUAGUGGCUAUCGACCCAUAUUACUUCAGGUCUGCGGCCUCAAGCUCUGAUGGGGCAGAAGGAGCUAGUCCGGGUGCUCAUUGGAUCGCGAAAUUCCAAAAGUGUAGGAUCUGUCCAUGAACUCCCCACAUCUUGGGGUGACACAUCUAGUAUGACUGACAUGGUGACUUCUCGAGGCCUUGAGCAGUGAAGCGACUGCACAGGGAGCUGGCAAAGUAUUAUACCGAGAACCUUGGUCACAGGUUACCCAGUCCUCCACCAAACCUCACAUUUAUCGCGAAGGAUGGUAAUGUAGAAGAGAGUAUCAAGGUUGGUUUUCGAGACUCCUGGCUAUCAUAUUGCUGCAGUCGUCUGAUAACCGCCAACGGUAUAUAGCUUGCCAAAAUUAUUGUUGCGUCGGCUGUGCAGAGCGAGAAGCGAGAAGAGUAUAUUCAAUAUAUUCAGGAACUAAGUCCGAGCUCGCAGACAGAGUUGAUGGGCGUCAUUAGCGAGGUUUGGCAUUCUAGGCGCUUCAUGGAUUUGUUCUGUUAACCUAUAAGGGCGGCUAAUCGUAUUGUCUGGUAUUAGAUGAUGGAGGCCGGCGGUGGAGAAGACUCCCCCGAUAUCACCUCUGAGCAACAGAAGCCGGAACUGUGGGUCUUUAGCACAUCCUUUGUUCUCUCAAUGUUUCUUGUUGUCUAAUUUAGAAUUUUGUGCAGAAAUGAUACAGACCAAUUUCGCAUGGAGGAAGAAAUGGCGCGACUGGUCGCUGAUAAUGAGGCCGUCAAUGCCAAGAACAACUCUCUUGAAAAGCGUCUAGCAAGUUUACAGAAUGAUUUUGUGAGUCAACACAUUAAUUUCAAUGCUGGCCAGACUAACGCGGCUACCAGGAAGAAAAUCAAUCGCAUCUCCUUGCGCUUCAAGACCAAAUGUCAAGCAGUGUGGUAGAUGGGGGGGGAUAUGCGAAUCGCACAGAUCCCUUCAUGAAAUCUCAGCUUGACCAGCUCCAGAGUGAUGUGCAAAAACUUGAAGAUGUCAUUGCCGAAAAAGAAUCUACUAUCGUACGGCUCGAGGGGACUAUAUCAGGUCUUAACAGACGGGUAAUGAACACUCCGGAUCACCGAGAUAAUGUUCCGCCCUAAUGUCGGUUUAUAGGUCGAAGACCUGUUCCCCAAGGCAGAAGCCGGGAUUAAAUACAAGGACGAUCUUGAUGAAGCCAAUCACACCAUAGACAAGCUUAAAAAGAGACAAAAUGUGGCAGAACAAUACCGGAGGAAGCUGGAAGGCAUGGGAGAAAUGGAGAGGCUGGUCAAGGUGAAUACAAUCUCUCUUCCCUGUGGUUACAAUCCUUCGCCUUCACAAACCGUCCCUGAGCUGUUGUUUCCUCACACGCUGUUUUGCUCUGGGCCAUCUAGUCACUGGAACAGCAACUUGCUCAAAAGACGCACGAUCUCCAAGCCAGCCUAGAUAGCUCGAAGCAGGUACCUGGUCUCAAGAGGACUCUCGACCAGUACAGAGGGCGAAUUGACAAAAUUGAUAUCAAAUUCGCCGAGUUGCUACGAGCGAAAACUAUCCUGGAGAUUGAGCGGAAUACUCUCAGGGAGAAAGCUGCCGGGGCCGAGGGCCAGAAGAGUAAGGAUAUGGAGCGUAUACAGAAUCUCGAGGAGAAGGUCCGUGAGCUUGAAACCGGUGUAAUAAGUAAAGCUGUCGAGGAGACCAACGGGGAUCUGAAUUCAGAGUUAACCUAUAGCACCAAGACCAAAACUGAUCUGUAAGUGGAAGAUGGCCCUUUGCGUUAUCGUGUUACGUGAGCAACAGCCUUUUUUCUAACUUGAGCCGAAAUGAUGCACAUAAAAGGAAACUCCAAAUAUCACGAUUAGAGAGCGAAUUAUCUCAACUAAAGGAAGGAACUAGCGGUACAGACGCAGACAAUGUUAUGUUACAACAUAUGCUAGAUGAUGCCACGAAAGCGAAGGACAAACUUGAGCAGGAUUACUUGCAAGCACAUACCGGGAAGCUUAUCCUGGAAGCACAGCUAGCUGCAAUUAAUGGCGGCUCCUCGAUUGAAGGGUUUGUAGUAUUAUUUAGUAUCGUGUCACCAGCUCUACGCCCUGACUGACCUCCAUUUCCCCCCCAGGUCCGAGAUUUUGCUCAAAGUACGACAAAACCUUGUUGAUGCGGAAGAGCAACUAAUUGAUCUGAAACGGAAGUUUGCUGAAGCUGAUGCCGAGCUUUCCGUGACGAAGAGGGAGCUUACUACUGCUAAGUCUGAUUGUUUGUACUCCUUGACACGCCCCACACUUUAUUCUUCUCACCCCACGAUAUUGUUCCCACUCCACUCUACCAAUAUUUCUUCACUCCACUGCAAUUGCUACUCUAGAUAUCGCAAGGAUGGUUCAAGGGCUAAUUCCGGGCGACCCCGGUCGAAAAGUGAGCCUAGUCGGAAUGGAUAAAUUACAGGCACUAGCCGAGCUUAAGAUUAUGAAUUCUCAGGAACUUAUCGAGCUUCGCGGGGAACACGAGGAGGCGCAAAGCAAAAUACAUGACCUUGAGACCGAGAUUGACCAAAGGAAGUCUCUUCUUAACACCAUCUUGUUAGAGAAGGAUGAAAUUUACAAGAAGCUCUCUGAACAAGGGGGUAUCAUCUUGGAGAACGAAAGAUCCAACAGCGAACUUAGAGCCACUAUUGCCACCUUUCAGGGCACAGCCGAAGGUCGAGAUGCGGCUCUUGAGAGGCGCGUUUUACAACUUCAAGAGAAGUUGGAAGACCAGAGGGAAAAGAUGGUCAAGGCCCGCGAGGUACUUCAACUUCCCAUCCUUCCUUCCCGACCAAGAUUAUUCUUAACGCGGAACCACCACAGCACAUCAAAAAGCAGAAUGGCAUUAUCAGGGACCUCAAAGAGAAGGUAGACGCAGCCGAUUCUACUACCGCAGACGCAAACACAAAGUCCAAGGAGGAGCAGCUCGCUGAAAGUGAUGUUUGUUCCCCUUUUUCACUCGAUAAUAGACCCAGAUGGAUUAUUGACUUUCCAAAUAGAAGAAGCGACGUGCAGAACUCGAAAUCCUCGAGAGGGAGAACAAAAUGAUCGUAUCGGCUUGGUACGACCAAGCCACCAGGCUGCAGAUGAACAGCGUCGCGCUCGAGAGGAAAGGCGAUACACCACAUAGCUGGCUGAACAAGCAACGCGCUGCCUUGGCUAAAGCCGGUGGUGUCUAACCAAAUUAAGUGUUGAGAAGUAUGAUAGCAUGUGCGGGUACUGUGAUCAGCCUCCGAUCCAAGCCCUACGAAUUACGAGACGAUAAUAGAAUUCAAAGUUUCAUACGGCGUUUCUGUUCUGUUCUGUUCUGUGGAAGAUUUGUUGGCUUCCCCUUUCUUCUCUCACAAAUCGUGUUCUCCUUUUUCUUUUCUCUUUUCUUUUCCUUGCUCACGCCCCUCCUCGGAUGAUAUCGUACCAUAGUGCAGUUUAUGCGAGGGGGAUAUUCACGAAUAUCUCUCUUUUCCGCCUAAUGAAUGCUAGCCAUAUGACGAAGAAAUGAUUGGUGUAGGGGUUAGUUGGCUGGGGGGUGGGAAUUCGGCUGGCUUGCGGAAUGUAACAAAUCCCCGUGCGUUUAUGCUCGCCUAGCUUCCUUUGUACUGUGCUUUGUGUAUGAUACUAUGAUAUCCACCACUUUUCUUUUUUCCCUCUCUUUUUUCCUUUUUCUCUAUUUUUUUAGAGAAAAAAAAGUGGGGGGAACAGUAUAGAGUAAUACAGCGGGGAACACGACGAAGCUUCCUAGAGUAUUAUUACAAUAAUUAUAAUAUUAUCAUACUGC